GCUGGGCGGGCGCAGCCCCGUAGUCACUCUGCCUGGAGGGGGCGCUGCUGAGCCCGCCUGCUCUGGCCCUGCCGCUGAGCGGGUCCAUCGCCGGGCGGCGGGGUGCAGCCGACGCCAGGGUGCAGCGGUGGCGCGAUCACGCGGCCCGUGCCCCGCUUUAAACGUCUGUGGGCACAGUGUGUCCGCAUUCCCGGACGCUGAGGAGCCUUCCCUCCUUCCCGGGGGUGCGGGCUCCGUACGCGGUUGCCAGACGACUUCUCCGAGGCCGCGUGUUUUAUGGUUCGCUGGCUGCGGAUUCCACGAAAGUAACACCUAGAGACAUGCGAGUUCACGGAUCCUCACUUUUGUGAGGAGGGAUGGCCCUCUGCGUGCAAAGUGCCACCACGUGUGGCUGGUCCUGUGUCUUUAUCGUCAUCCAAACUGGUGUGGCGCGGAGGAGAGCUUUCCCCUCCCUGAGCCUGAGAACCCGGGUGUCACCCCGGAGAUAAGCAGUGGGACAGCGUGCGGGCCAAGGCCCCACCCUCAAAGGGAGGCCUCAGCCAUUGCUUGAGAGGAGUGGCGCCAUGGACCUUGGAGACUCCGAACAAGAUGACGAAAAGAAGUACACUUCCGUCUGUGUUGGCAGAGAAGAUGACAUUAGAAAGUUGGAAAGAAUGACGGCUGUGGUCCAUGACAGAGAAGUGGUCAUUUUCUACCACAAAGGGGAGUAUCAUGCUAUGGACAUUCGCUGCUACCACUCUGGAGGACCCUUACACCUGGGAGAAAUUGAGGAUUUCAAUGGACAGUCAUGUAUAGUUUGCCCCUGGCAUAAAUACAAGAUCACUUUGGCAACAGGAGAAGGAUUAUACCAGUCCAUAAACCCCAGAGACCCAAAGGCAAGACCCCAGUGGUGCUCCAAGGGAGUAAAGCAAAGGAUUCACACUGUGACAGUGGAUGAUGGCAAUAUUUAUGUGACGCUUUCUAAGGAACCUUUUAAAUGUGACUCUGAUUAUUUUGCCACUGGAGACUUCAAAGUAAUUCAGAGUUCUUCCUGAUAAAAAUAUAUGGCAGCAAAAAAAAAAUGUGUGUAUGUUUGAAACUACUUUACAAAGAUGAAUGUUUUCUAUCAUAGGUACAAGUAACUUUAAAAGUCUCGGGUUUUGUCAGGGCUCAGAGCUCUUUCUGUUCUUCCAGAGGACCUGACUUUGGGUCCUCACACUCACACCAAGUGACUCACGUCACCCGUGACACCUGCUUCAGGGGAUCUGAUGCCCUCUUCUGACCUCUGUGGGCACCUGCACACACAUGUCAUAUACAUAUAUAGAAAUUAAAAACAAACAUUUUUAAAGUCUUAGACUUGGGAAGUUUAAAAGCACAUUGACUUUAGUGUGAUUUCAGGGCCGCCACCAAGGUGGACAGAGUACAUUCCAUCCCUCUCUCAACUGUUUGGAAUCUGUACGUUAAAGGCUCGAGACGGCCAGUGUAAGAAGGAUGCGCACAGUCUGUAACAGAUAAACGAAGUGUAAGAGGAGAGUUUUAGGUGGGAAAAGAUCCCUUUUAAACGCAGCAGGUUUCAUGUGGGAAAGUUUUCCUACAUUCAAAGCUAAGAGUUAACAGAAUGACCCUCCAUGACUGACUUCAACAGUUCCCAGCAUUCUUCUGUUAUUCUUAUGUCCCUCUGUCCACAGAUUACCUAACCCCCGUGUUUAAUUAUGGUGUUUACAGCUUUAAAAGUAAAAUUUAAAUACACUGGAACCCUCAAGUUUUAGUUAUAUACUUUUGCUUACAAAUGUUUAGCAGGUGUCUAUGUGUUGAAAUGGCCACCAGUGAGGCCAGUGUAUAUGUUGAACUUAAAAAUGAGAAACUUGAAGCCAGGUGUGGUGGUACACACCUCUAAUCCCAACAGAGGUAGGCGGAUCUCUGCCUGGUCUACACAGUGAGCUCCAGGUAGCCAGUGAUACAUAGUGAGACCCUACCAAGAGAGGGAGGGCGCUAGAUGUGAAAACCUAAUAAAACCUGGCUUGUCUUGUCUCUUAUUGGGCCAAUUCUGGAAGUGAAAAAGCCACACAUAGCGAUGCCCUACCCAAGACAGAUGCAAAGUCUUCUACUCAAUGAACCAAAGUACUUUGCCUACAUGCAACUUGCAAAUAAAAGUUUAAAAGAA